GACAUCUUUGAGAACUUACUGAAGGACUUUAAAAGUUUAAAAAAAAGCCAUGUCAUGAUGUAUGAAGGGCCCAUGGGAUAUGGAAAAAGCCAGCUAAGGGCUGAAAUUGCUAUCUAGGGCAGAGUGCUGGUCAAAAGGUCGUAGCAAUGGAGCUCACAAAGAUCAAUAUGUGGCAGAAUUUCUUUGCUAUCAGGACACUCAUGGCUAUGUUCCUGGGGAUUGAUACCUGUAAAACAUACGAUGCGAGACAAUAUAUCCUUUUGGGGAAAAUCCGUGAGCUAAUAAAUGAACAAUAUUUAUGUCUUUUCAACAACCUUUUUCAUGUUAAGUUUCCCACUUCAGAAGAGGUUUCCAAAAUGAACAAAGAUGCACAAAAAGAAGAAAUGGAAACAAUACUUGUAAAGAUUCUAGAGAAUGCUGUGGAGAAAGAAGUUCUUAUCUUUGUCAUUGAUGAAGCUCAGUUCAUUGAUACAGCCUCAUGGGAUUUCCUGAAUAACCUGCUAAAGAAGAUUGCUAUCUUCAUUGUCAUGUCUUUGUCUCCUAUCAACCACAAGGGGAGAUUAUCUUGUCCAUCUGCAGCCCAAAUCAUGAACAGUCCUGACACAACGUAUAUUCAGCUAAGGGAGUUAACACCUUCAGUAAUUAUCCAGAAGGCAUGUCAAGACCUUGGGGUGAUCAGUAUUGCCAGGGAACUUGAAACAUUUUUAAUACAAAGAAGCCAUGGAAAUCCAUUUUAUUGUGAGGAGCUUCUCCGGAAUCUGCAUCUAAACAAUGUGCUUCAGUUCCACCUGGUGGAGGAAGAUGAAGAAAAAGAGGAUGAAUGGGACAGCCUUUUCACUACUACUGUUCUGAAAAGUCAAGAAUCCAAAAACUUAAACAGUGAGGCUGAAUCAUACAUUUGCACAAUCAAGCAGAAUGUGAAACUGCACAGCAUAAUGCUACCUCCAACAUUAAAAGGAAUUGCCCUGGCUGAGCUAGACAACAUGAACCCUUCAGAACAGAUGGUGGUGAAAUGUGCAUCUGUCAUUGGUGUGACCUUCACCACAGAACUGCUUCUCCAUAUCCUCCCUGAAUGGACAAAGAUGAAGAUGAACCAGACACUGGCAGCCCUGGUGGAAUCCCAUAUCUUUCAGUGCUUCUCUGAAAUAAAAGAAUUGUAUGCCACACUGAAAGAAGAUGAAUUCUCAACUGAACUCCAAUUGUCCUCCAAGACUGUUAAACCAAUGGGGAAAACAUCUGAUCCUGGAUUAGUUGUUUCUAGUAGGCUCACUCAAGAGGAGACAGUGAUGCAAUGCCGAGUCAUGAGGUUCUGCACUCCACUGUUACAAGAAGCAGCCUAUGAGCUCUGGCUGAAGAAUCAGCAAAAGGCCUUGCAUCUCAAAUGUGCCAGUUACCUGGAGUGGCAUGCUCACCGCUGCAGGUGCUGUGGAGAAGGUGACUUCAUUUCCUUCCACCGUUAUGCAGUGGAAGGCAUGCUGGAAAACAUAGAUGCACGGGAGGCUAAAACUGAAAAAAUCACUGACGAGCUGAAUCAGACUGCUUUGAAGAUUGUUUCUGAAACACUGAAAAAGCUAGAACCAUCCAAACAUGAAGUUUGUAAAUAUUUCUCCUUAGCCAGCUCUAAGCAUCUUGCUCUGGAAAAUCUGCAGGAAUCAAAUGGUGACACAAUUUCUUGUGAGAGCUGGAAGGAAACUAGAGUUCCAAGGCGUAGCAGAGAAGAUACCGUGCAGAGAAACGUCAUCAUGCAAGACUCUUUUAGAGCUGAAGUUACAGAAAUGGAGUUCCUAAAGAGGAUGGAUGAAAUAAUCUUCCUUACUGGAAUGGGCAAGAAAAAUGACAAGACUGUGAGCUCAUGUGAAUGUGAAGAGAUUGUGGAAUCUGUCAUCGUGCCCUUGUCUCAACACUGUAUAGCUCUGGGAGAUUACACUCGAGCUUUUUAUUACUUGCUGGAAUGUGCAUCUGGUUACGUACACCUCUUCAACAAUUACCUGGCUUUUACAUAUCUGAAUACAGCCGAGAGCAUGCUGAGAUCAUCAGAAUUCAAGCAGAAAACUGUCAGUCAGUUUGAGGAGUCAAUUUUGUACAGCCUGAAGGGAGAGGUCUCUUAUAAUAUGGGUCAAAUUACUUUGGCAAAAAAAUUGAUGAAGAAGGCUUUGAGUUUAUUGAAGAAGAGUUUCCCAAUUACUCUUGUUGGAGCCUUUUUCAUGUCUAUGGUGGAAACCUCCAGGCACUUGUCUCACCAGAAGAAGCAGGCCUCUUGGCAAAUGCCCAGUGGAAAGGAGAAGAAAUUAGCUGUUCUGUUCCAACAAGGACACUGCCUUUCCCUGCUGUGGCAGCUUUUCAGCCUGGAUCUUGCCAGAAGCAGCAAGAAGUUCUCCCGCCUGGCAGCUCUCAUGAAGGUGAACUGUGCAGAAGAAUCUCAAGAUGACUCCCAGAUCAUCUCGUCUUACAUGGAAUUCUCACUUUGCUGUCAGUUGAUGGGCUACCAGCAUGAAUGGAUGAAAUAUGAGUUAAUGGCCAUCCAACGUAGUUCAUACCUUCGAGUUGUUGGAGAAGGAAUAUUAAUAAUAACUAAACUGGCAUUAUCACUGGCCUACAUGAAGCUUUGCUUGGGGAAUCUGCCCCUAGCCAUCCAACUGGGUUCUCGAGCCCAUGAAUUAUGUGAGCAGUUGAAGAAACCUAAGCUUGAUUGUAUUGUUCUUUUAGACCUUUUUAGUGCUCUUUUUCUCAGCACCAGAUAUGAGGAUGCUGUGCAAGUGCUGAGCUGGCUGGAGGAGCUUUCCAUUCAAGAUGACAAUAUCAUUGGGCAGGCAUACUUUAUUUCUGGCUGCCUGAAUCUUAUUCUUUAUGCGGGAUUUGCAUUUAGGCCUUUUCAGCACUGUAUGGACUUUGUCCUCACUAACGAAACUAACUGCAUUCUUAUGUCUCAAAACAACAUUAUGCUUGGACUGUAUUCUUCUUUGGCAAUUUGGUUUGCUAGGCUUCAUCUUUGGGAUGACUUUAUGCAGCCAUUUGAACAGGCAAGAAGGCUAGUGAGAAGAACAAGUGCUUCCCUCUAUGCUAAUCAUGGAUUCUGCAAGUUUGUAGAGUGUGAAGCUCUGCUACUGAGAAAAUACAUUGAAGAAAAGCCUGAUAAGGCUCGUGAGAUGCGCAACAGGAUAGUAAAGAAUUUGGAGCAGGUAAUGACUCAGUGCUCGACAAGCCCUGUCUUCUAUCCCAGGGUUUUCCAUUUGAAGGCCUAUGUCCAACUGAUGCUUGAACAUGAUGAAAACAGCCAAAGCCUUCUGGAAAUGGCAUUCCAGAACAGUGAUCUGUAUGGAAAUGAUUUGGAACGAUCAUGGCUGGAGAUGAGCAAGGAGUGGUGGUUCACUGGAAGAUCCCCAAUGGAAGACUGGUGGUUAAAAACAGCUCCAGAUUUUCCUGUGUGGAAAGUAGGCAUGACAGCCUUGGAGAUGGGAGCUUUCUCUAAAAACAAGUAUCUCCUGAAGGUGCCAGAGCUGGAUAUAAGUAUUCACUUACCAGACAGUACUGGAACAUUAGCAUGAAAGAAUCUCAAAAUGUUAGUGCCAGUUCAUCUACUCUGCAAGAAAUACUUGUGCAUCAUUGUAUUAGCAAGAAACUCUGGUGCACCAUUGUACUUCUGCAUUCUCCAGUUUCUCCCUUGCUAAAUCCAGAUUCCAGUGUUUGGGAAAUGUACCUCAAUAUGUUAUCUAUUAUAACAAGGUAGCAUGUACAUAAAAGUCCCUUCCUUCCUUAAUGUUUUGAGGUAUAAUGUUGGAAUUCAGUUUCAAAUGUAUUAUCUACAUGAAGUCUUCGAACAGAGGUUACAUAUGGUUAAGGGUAUUUUCAUGCUUUCUGUUCCACAAAACCCUACAUCUACUGUUGGCUCCAGAGUGAAUCUUUGUGAUAAGAAUGGAAAAAAUACAGCCCCAUCAUCAUCAUCGUCGUCGUCAUCAUCGAUCUCCGAUUGCCCCCAACAACUGCUGCUCACUUUUCUGUGUGUCUCUAAGUACUGGAAAAUGGUUUGAAGACCAUUUGGAAUGGUUUGUUCCAUGAUCCUAAGGAAUGGUUUGUUCCAUGGCUUCACAGGGCUCUAUGACUUGAGGAGACUCAAGUUGCAUCUAUCUGGCCACCAACACCGCCACUGCAAGUCAAUCCCUCUGAGGGUGAAAGAAAGGUGCCCAGCGUUGAUCAAAUUGCUGUGUGCCUCAUGACCUCAGAGGGAGCAACUCACAGUAACAGCGGUAGGGACAAAUGGCACAGCAAGACACAAGUGUAGAUAGCUGUUGGCAUGAAUCUGGGUAAUGGGGGGGACAUUCGGGGUGGCUUUGGGGCCAGAAUACUCUGGGAGUGGGCAACACAGCAAGUUGCUUCUGGAAGAUCCUAAGCAAAUAGUGACUUUUUAAAAACUGGAUUAAGGCAGGGAUGGUCUGGAUUAGAUGGAUAACUGGCCUUACAUCGUGAAGACAGUCUGCACUUGAAUUCAGCCUUUGGACCUACGUCAUGUGGACAGGGCAAUGCAAGGGCAGAGGGAAACUGAUGUAAGUGGCCUGUGCAGACAGCUGUGCAGAGCUGUAAACUGGGCUCUGGUGGGGAGAGAGUAUUUUGGAGGGCAAAAAUUCAGUAAUUGCUGGGGAGAAAAGACCAAGUGUUAGAGAAGGAGCAAGGCAAGUAAUACUAGAGAACAAUAAAUAAAUAAAUAAGGAAGGAAGGAAAGAAAGAAAGAAAGAAAGAAAGAACAGCGGGAAGAAAACACUUAGCUUAAAUGUCUCUCCACUAAUGUACAGAGUACUGUAUGGGAAAUAAGCAAGAUGGACUGGAACUCUUAUUAUAGAAUAAUAAAUAUGAUUUAUUAACACGGAAA